CCAGUUCAGUCGUUAUCAAGUCGGCAUUCGAAGUGGUUCGAUCGGAACCCCAAGACUAAGAAUCACAGAUACUACUCGAACAUUCAAUCCAUUCAAUCCAAUCCACUGAACUAGUCUGGAAUAAAGUAAAAAUAGUUCCACAGAUUCUGUAAAGGCGAUGCCGAAGAGAACAUUUGCAAAUUGAGUUGCAUUAUCAGAAGGAACAGAUAACCUCCACCCUACUGCGUGGACUUGGACUCGAAUCAGAUCAGACCAGGCAUCAAAAGGAAGUGGGAGUCAAUUUCUAUAUAUUGCAGAACCAACGUCGAGCAAAGACCCCAAAUCAGUCCACGCUACCAUGAUCGGAAAAAAUCGCAUUUUGCGUACAAGUGCGUUGGGUUUGCUCUUGGCCACCUGCAGCCUGAUCUCGUUGGUCUAUAUGGAACAAAUCGAACGCUGGAUGAUCGAAUGGUUCAUAGUUCUCAGGCCGGGAACACUGAUUAGCAAUCUGUGGGAGUCGCCCUCGAUGGACAUAACCGUGGAUUUGUAUAUGUUCAAUUGGACCAAUUCGGAGAACUUCAACGAUCCCACGGUGAAGCCGAAAUUUACGGAACACGGACCCUAUCGCUUUACGGAGCGAAUGCAGAAGCUGAAUGUGGAGUGGCACGAUGCGAACUCAACGGUGUCCUAUAUGCGUCGCAGUCGUUUCGAAUUCGAUCCGAUACAUAGUGCCGGACAUCCCUCGGAUCCCAUUGUGGCGCCCAAUCUGCUCAUCGUCGGUUUGUACCAGAAGAUGCUCUCCUGGAGUCCCAUGCUGCGAUCCCUCAUGAUGAUGGCCCUCAGUAUUUACGGCAAGGAGCGCACGAUGGUGCGACCAGCUAGCGAUUGGAUGUUCGACGGAUUCGACACGCCACUCAUCAAAAUGAACAAACUUGUGCCGCCCAAUCUGGUGCCGGAGAUGAAUUUCCCCUACGAGAAGAUCGGUUAUGCUUAUCCACGCAAUGGCAGUAUGGAGAUCUAUGGCCACCACAAUGUCUACACGGGACGAGAUGAUUUUAAGAAGCUGGGUCAAAUCGCUCGGUGGCGGUACAACAAUGUCACAGAAGCCAGUCCCAGGUGCAAAUUGAAGGGCAGUACCGGAGAGUUCCAUCCAAUACCGCUGGUGAAGGGCAGACCCAUAUCCUUUUUUCUGCCAGAUCUGUGCCGUGAGCUGCAGAUUGAUUACUCCGGGACGACUGUCUUCGAGGGAGUUGAGGCAUACGUUUACAGGGGAAGUGAACGCAAUGUAGCUAAUGGUACUGACAACCCAGAUAAUAGUUGCUAUUGCCAAGAGAACUGCCAGGAGGUGAGAUCCGGUCUUCUGAACAUAUCCUCCUGUUGGUAUGGAACACCCGUCUUUGCUUCGUAUCCGCACUUUUAUAAGGCGGAUCCCUACUAUGCGGAGCAGGUGGAGGGCAUGAAGCCCGAGAAGGAUCGCCACGAGAUGGUCAUCAUGCUGGAGCCCAAAACCGGAAUGCUGUUGGAGAUCAAGGCUCGAAUUAUGGCCAAUUUAUUAGUCGAACCCAGAACUCAAUCAAUCUACCGCAAGGCACGAACGACGUUCUUCCCGCUAAUUUGGGCGGAUUAUAAUGUGCGGAUAACAGAUGAUCUUCUGGGCUACGUGAAGCUAAUACCGAUCAUGGAAUUACUGGGCAAGAUCGGUGGAAUCCUGGGCGUGGCUGUGGGCGUGGUGAUGAUCUUCUGGUAUCCACACCAGAUGAUAUGGCAGAAGCGCUUUAUGCAGAAGAUCGAGAUCAGUAGCCUGGAGGCCAACAAGAUGACAGAUUCGAUGAAAAACAAUGGUGUGGAGGAGUCGCCACUGCUAAUAGGAUUGCAAUAUACGGGGGCCAAAGGGGCGUCAGGAAAUCCCCACUGAAGGUGGUAAAUUGAAUAAGUUUGUAGGAUUAAGUUUGCAGGGUUUUUUCCUGCCUAGUCUACAGUUUAGGCCAAUAAAUGGUAAAUGGUGUUCAUACAUACAUACAUAUAUUCGGUGCCUGAAAAUUAUCGAAUUUAUAGAUUA